GUGAUGGGGUGACUGUUGACACCCCCCUCACCCACCCCCUCUCUCACUUUAUUAGCAGUGUAACAUAAACAAUGGAUCAGAAUUACUCAACGGUUCAAGACGGCAAGCAGCUGCUAGCAGAGAGAGACUCGUCCAAACGCGUGCUGACAGGAUGCUUCCUCUCCCUCCUCAUCUUCACAACGCUGCUAGGCAACACACUUGUGUGCGCCGCUGUCACAAAGUUUCGACACCUCAGGUCAAAGGUUACCAACUUUUUUGUCAUCUCUCUGGCCAUCUCUGACCUUCUGGUGGCUAUCCUGGUUAUGCCAUGGAAGGCGGCGACAGAGAUCGUGGGGUUCUGGCCGUUUGGCGCCUUCUGCAAUGUCUGGGUGGCGUUUGACAUAAUGUGCUCCACUGCCUCCAUCUUGAACCUGUGUGUGAUUAGUGUUGACCGCUACUGGGCCAUAUCGAGCCCGUUCCGCUAUGAACGCAAGAUGACCCCUAAAGUGGCGUGCCUGAUGAUCAGCGUGGCAUGGACCCUGUCCGUCCUCAUCUCCUUCAUUCCUGUGCAGCUAAACUGGCACAAAGCUCAGACCACUAGCUACGCAGAGCUAAAUGGAACUUAUCCCGGCGAUCUUCCCCCUGACAACUGUGACUCCAGCCUUAAUCGGACUUACGCCAUCUCCUCGUCCCUUAUCAGCUUCUACAUCCCUGUGGCUAUUAUGAUCGUCACCUAUACCCGGAUCUACCGCAUUGCCCAGAUACAGAUACGGAGAAUAUCUGCCCUGGAGCGGGCAGCAGAGAGUGCCAAAAACCGCCACAGCAGCAUGGGGAACAGCUCGUCCAUAGAGAGCGAGAGCUCAUUCAAAAUGUCGUUCAAACGAGAAACCAAAGUCUUAAAGACACUCUCAGUCAUCAUGGGGGUGUUUGUGUGCUGCUGGUUGCCCUUCUUCAUCCUUAACUGCAUGGUUCCGUUCUGUGAGCCCAACUUGCCAGAUGGUGCCACGGACUUCCUCUGUAUCAGCCCCACCACCUUUGACGUGUUUGUGUGGUUUGGCUGGGCUAACUCCUCGCUCAACCCCAUCAUCUAUGCCUUCAACGCUGACUUCCGCAAGGCCUUCUCCAUCCUCCUGGGCUGCCACCGCCUAUGCCCAGGGAGCAACGCCAUCGAGAUCGUCAGUAUUAACAACAACAUGGGUGCCCCUACCUCGAACCCAAACUGCCAGUAUCAGCCCAAGAGUCACAUCCCAAAGGAGGGCAUCCAUUCUGCCAACUACGUGAUUCCACACAGCAUCCUGUGUCAGGAGGAGGAGUUACAGAAGAAGGACGGAUGUGGGGGAGAGAUCGAGGUAGGGACUGUAAACAAUGCCCCGGAGAUACUGUCCCCAGCCAUCUCUGGGAAUUUAGACAGCGACACUGAGGUCACGCUGGAAAAGAUCAAUCCCAUAACGCAGAACGGACAGCAUAAAGCUGUGUCAUGUUGAGCAAGGGCAAAGAUAGAUUGGAAUACACCGAGGCAUGUAUGUACACACAAGGGGAAGUGAUACGCUUAAAUGGAAGGAGAGCAAAGAGAAACAAAAGAGACAAACAUCUCUAAGAAUAUGCCUGAGACAGUAAAGGGGACAGGACGUCAAGACUGUCGACAAAAAUCCACAUGGAAAAACCUACAGAAUGUUUAAAAGUAAAGGCACUUUAUCCUGGAUAUAACUAUCUGCAAAAUACGCUCAGCAUUUAUUGAUGAAAUUGACACAUUUGAUGAUAAAUGUUGAAAAUGUGAAUAUUAAUGCAGAACACCCGCUAUGUGCACAUGUAUACAUUUUUGAACAGUAUUCCGAGAAAGAUGUGUAUAUCUGCACGUGCAUUACUGUACAGUACUGACACUGUCCUGGGAGGACUUCAACACAGUAUAUACAGUCGAGCAAGAUGUAGUAACCAUUAGAACAAAUGUCUUGUUGGUAUAGGUGCUUUAUAUGUGUUUCAUGGAAGCGAGAACAAUGUUGGUGAACUGGUUUUGGUACUGUAUAAUAAGAUGUUUUUUUGCAGUUACUUCUCCUCAGUACCUUUCUAUGGAUGAUUUUGUUGCAAAACCAAAUCACCUGUAUCGCAGUUGUUAUUUAUUCUUUUAAAGAUGACUUCAUACACCAAAGUUACAAUGUUCUGAUCCAAACUAAAACAGGUGGGAUGCACGUGAUGGAGUUCUUCACCUUAAGCCAAGAUAUUUCAUUUUUACACCCCCCCCUUUCCCCUCUAUUAUUUUCUGGAUCCAAAUCCUGAUUGAGCUCGAAAUGUCCAGGGCCUGACAGAUGUGUGUGAGAGACAGAAACAAAGAGUUGGGCAUAGAACGAGAUGCUCCUCUAAGGUCAACUCUCCCUCCUCUGUAGUCUAUUCUGAGCCGUCCUUGGUCAUCUCCACCUGGGACCGACCGGACGGGCUCACCUGAACUUUUCUCCAUUUCCCUUCCUCGCUCCCUCACUUCAUUAGCUCUGUCCCCCACAUUUGCUUCUCUUCUGCGGACCAUCUCUGGAGCCCUCUCCCCUCCAUUGCUCUGUCAGCAAAGCCCCGUUCUCCCUCCUGCUGAUCUUUUUUCCUAAUCAUUCUCAAAGUCUUCUCUCUUCCUCCUCCUCCUCUUCCUCCCCACUUCUUCAGUCAGCACGGCCCUUUACACCUGCGCCAAGUUUUCCUUUAAUGUUUUCUCUCUCUCUUUCGGGCCUGCUCCCUCCUCUCUCGCUCCCCUGGCAGCCCUCCAUUUUAAGUCCUUUACUCUGCCCACUUAAAGCGGCACUAAUGAUUCUAUUUUUGGCGAAGGCCGUCGGUACGUAAUUAAAAAAGAAUGUAAAUCUGUACACAUCCAAACUACCGCACUUGGACGGAGGAAGCAGAGCAGCAGCAGAGUUUGCUCAGCUGGAAUCCAAAUGACACUUAGUGACCUUUUGCAAACUUGCAGGUAUCUGAUUUUGUAAAUUGCUCCUGCUGGAAUCCAUGCUGUGCUGUGAUGGGGACGUGGAGCAUGCAGUGUGACGGCUCUGUUUGCAGGGAGUCCACGAUAAAACUUCAUCAUGAUGAGGAAUACCUUGAAGAUAAUGGACAUAUUUGUAUUGAUUCUCCUCACCCAGAGAUUUGUCUUUGCCCAGUUGCAUUUAAAAAAUAAGGACGCAGCGCUAAAAUAUAUGAUUACCAUGUACAGAAAGUGUUGACGUUAGAAUAAAGUCGUUAACAAAAAGGCAGUUUUGAGUAAGGUACUCCUUAUUAUGAAUGAAUGUGCCUGCCACAGAUUUGCUGUAAAACUACUGCUGUCUGAUACAUUUCAAUUAUAUAGUUUUCAACACUUUCCAUUGCUUAUACUUACUUCUACUCUGUGCACUGUUGGAAUUGAUAUUCAAAAUAUUCAAAUUUGAGUUUGAGUUAAAAGAUAGACAACUUAGCAUUUGCUAUGAGGACAACUGAAAAUGACAGAAUAAUUGUCUAAAGCAGCCAAGCAGUAGAAAUAUUUUUAAAUUGAUCUCAGACUUUGGAACAUAAGCUAACAUUAGCCACCGUAAGCUACUGGUCAACAAACCGAGAACAUAUAUUGAAAGACACAUUUGUUAUAUCUUCUUUCAGUUGGUAGUCAAUUUAAGUUUUAUGUGUUUGUGGCCAUUGUAAUGGACGAUUUCAAGACUUUUUCAUCGCUAACUAAAUAAUUUGAACCAGAAUAUAUAUUGUCAAAGAUAUACAAUAUGAAAAUUAAUGUUUUUUUCGUAGCUUGAAGGAAAUUAAAGUGUAUAUUUUUCAGAGCUUAAGUUAAUGCAAAGUCAAUGCGUGUUGAGCAUAACUGUCAGGGGUGGACACUGUUAGCGCUCUGGUUUAAGUCUCUGCAUUUUUUUCUGCCAUUGUUAGUUGGGCAUCCACCCUGUGCUGCGUUUGUCCAUGAAGGCGUGAACCUAUUGCUCGUCAGGGAAGGGAAGAACGAAUCCGAUAGAAAGCAAUUGGUCUUGAACGAAGCAUUUGAUUUUCCUGCUGUGGAAAAUCCAAUGCUAUCUAGAUGGCAACGGAGCGGGGGAAAGCUUUUAGCUCAAUACAUGGCUCGGCCAGUGACACAGAAGCAACUCAUUGUCCUCUCUGCCUCCAUGUCCUCUGCCCCUGCCAUUUGCUGCUCUCUAUCGCUUCAAAAACCAAUAGUUAUGGAAUAACUGGAAUAAGUUGUUUAUAUUUUUUUAGUAUGAUUUAAUUACAAGUACUCAAAUUUUCUAUUACCACUGCCACAUUACACCCCAUCACAAGUGCUGCCAAUUGCCUCUUAGAAAUUCUCGACCAUAUCAGCUCAACGGCCCUCCAUUUUCACUCUUCACCAGCUCCUCCCCAAUUAUUCCAAAACACAAGCCGUCUCGAACAGGCAAUGAACUGUGGACUGCACAUAAUCCUUCAGGAUCGGACAUGGGAGAGAACUGCCUUGAGGAAGAUUUGUUCCUCCCCUUCUCCCUCCGCCUCCGCACUCUAUCCUCCUAUCCCUUUUUUCUCUUUCUCUUGGCUGCCUCUGUCGACUUGAUGAGCGUUCCCAAUGUUAACACAGAUUGAAUUUAUUAUUAAACGGACAGAGCCUACCGCUCCAUUGCUGUAGUUCCGAGUCAGAGCACCGAAUCAAAGCCCCACCUGGCUGUGUUUUCAUUAUUGUUCUUAUGUUAUUGCUGUUGCCAAAAUCUUUCUUUUUUGGCUGAAUGUGGCUGUACUGUAGCUUAUACUGUGAGUUAACCAGUGUUUUAUAAGCCGAAGU